GUCUGACUCAACUAUUCGAGCACCACUGCGAAUUAACGUAUCGGCGGCCGCUCCAGCUUCUGAUAGACAAGCGAGGAAGAAUAUCGAGGCGUUCUUGCUGAAUUACCAGUCAAGACCUGGUGGCGCAGACUCUGCUAUUCUGACUAGACUUGAGAAGUUGAGUGCUUCGUUGCGAGCCGAUAAGGAAGGAAGAACGGAGACGAACGGUUCAUUGUGAUGACGCUUUAGAUUUAUUAGAAGCUGUCUAGAAGCUCCAUGAUUUGUAACACAUCUGCGACACCGACGAAAAGGAAUGGAUCAGCGACAGGCGUAGAGUUUCACUAUGAGCUUUAACGGCAUAGGCGUUAUUCAUGCAAUUCGUCCGAUAGUAAUCGCAAUUGGCAGCAUCAAAUCGGAUGACAGAUGGCCAGUGGGUAGGGUAUUGCGAGAUUGUGAAAUUCCAGCUAUUGGAGAUACUUACAUUAAUAUCUUCGCCCAGUAUGACGUGCAAAAUGUUCCUAG